CAGUCGAAGGGCGCAAGAUCGCCGCUUAGGGGGUGCGAAGGGGUGCGACCGUCAUCCAGUUGACGUCGCGACGCAUUCUGAGACGGUCGGCGUCGUGUCGUAUUGUUCGUUGUUUACGUGUCACGGGUGCAAUAAAAGAUGAAACGUGCGAAAACUGCUCUGGCGUGGCUCGCUUGUCUGCUGGCGGCGGCGGCCGCCGAGUCCACGCGUGUGGAGGACGAGAACGCCGGCUCCCAGAGACGCCACCGCGAGUCCGGGUCCACCGCGUCGCCGCCGGAGGGCGCCACCCGUACUCUUUUGGAGAACGAUCCGUGCCUCGUGCAGUACUGCGCGAAGGGCCGGGAGUGCGUCGUUCAAGACGGCGCGCCGCGGUGCGUGUGCGCAACGCAUUGCCCCCCGCAUCGCAGACCGGUCUGCGCAUCCAACGGCAAAGUGUUCGGCAGUCAUUGCGAGAUGCACGCGCACGCGUGCCGCGUUCAGAAGAAGAUCACCCAAAUGCCGGGCACUUUCUGCGCCGGCGCCGCCAAGGCCCCGCCGAACGUCACCGUCACUAGGGCGUCGGAGACGACGCCGCCCCCGGGCCCCGUAAUCGGCUCGCCGGACCUGGUGAACGAGAUCGAGGACCACUACUACGGACGGGACGAGUGCUCGAUGCAAGAGUACGAGGUGAUGAAGGACAACCUGCUGCUUUACCAUCACGCGCGACUCAUGGCCGACGAUAACCAGAGCAAGGACUACCUUCUGUCGAUGAUGUUCGCGCACUACGACAAGAACAGCGACGGCCAGCUGGAGGCGACCGAGCUGAACGAGAUCGCCGCCGAUGAGCACAUGGAGAGCAUCAUCAGCCUGACCAGCGGCUGCUCCCUGGCCAGCAUGGUGCAAUUCGACGACGGCGACGGAGACGGAAAGCUCAACAUCAACGAGUUCUCGAUGGCUUUCAGCAAGCUGUACAGCGUCUCCGUCGUGUCCCUCGACAAGGCCCUCGAGGUGAACCGCCUCUCCGCCAAGGUCGGCGACAACGUCGAGAUCAAGUGCGACGUCACGGGGUCGCCGGUGCCUCCCGUUCAGUGGCGGCGCCACGGGCUGGACCUCGCGUCCCUCGACGAAGAAGAGGUGCGGGUCUUUGGCGACGGCAGCCUUUACCUGACCCGCGUGCAGCUCCAGCACGCGGGCAACUACACGUGCCACGCCCAACGUAACCGGGACGUGGUGCAAACGCACGUGUUGACCGUUCACACCGCGCCCGAGGUCCACGUGAUGCCGCGGAUCCAGUCCAAGAGGCCCGGCGAGGAGGCGACCAUGUUCUGUCACGUGACCGGCGAGCCGUUCCCCAAGGUCGAAUGGCUGAAGAACGACGAACCCCUGAAGCCGGACAACCCGAGGAAGUACCAGAUCGUCGGCAACGGCACCGCUCUCCAGGUGCGCGACAUCGAUUUCGCGGACACCGGCGCGUACAUGUGCCAGGCGACGAGCAUAGGCGGUCUGACGCGGGACAUCAGCUCGCUGGUGGUGCAGGAGCAGCCGACGUCGCAGGGCGCCUCGAACGAGGAGAGGCGUUUCUUCGCGUUCCACGACUGGGGCGUUUCGGUGUACGAGCCGUCCACGUGCCGUCUCCACCACAACAUCAAGGGCACGGACAUCAUCCCCGGGACCCAAGAGUACGUGUGCGGCGACAAGGGGGUGAGGUGCGAGUGGGGCCGCGCGGUGGGCGUGGCCAAUCGGUACGUGUACGCGAGCCAGCCGACGCUCGACCGCGUCGUCAUCGUGUCCACGGUGCAGAUGGUCGUCGUCGACGUCGUCAGCGCCGACAAGUACCCGGUGGAACUGUUCCACGUGCCCCACCUCGACCAGGUGUGGCUGUUGAACUGGAGGAGCGGCAACGACUCCGGCGUCAAGACCGUCCAGGUGAUUCGGGACGCUGGCCAGAAGAGGAAGCACCACGCGGUGCACCCGGAACCGAUCGACGGCCAAUACGACAUGGUGACGAGGAUGUUCGUGCCGUCGCCGCUCCAGGAGCUGUCGCACUAUAGCUUCAAGUACGGCUACGUGACGCACACGAACCAGCGGGGCCUCUACAAACUCGACCUCGUCAACCUGCGUUACACCAGGUCCGUGGACCUGACGCCCUACAACUGCGUACCGGUCGAGAUUAAAUUUUCCGCUCUGUAUGGGAUGGUAUUCAUGCAAUGCCUCGAGCCCGUCACCCGCAGGCCCACCGGGCAGCUGGUGCUCGACUAUUUGACGGACAGCGUGAUCUCGACCGCCCCCACCCUGUUCGGCACGCCCCAUAUAUCCCCCGACUCCCGCAAACUAGUCACCUUCGACAAGAGCGCGACGGGCACCGCCCUCGUCGUCCAAGAGAUCCACGGCGACGGUCUCGAGUUCCUGUUCGACGUCAAGACGAGCCUCGACGUAUCCGACUUAACGUUCUACCCGAGCCAGACGAGCCACGGCUACGACCUCUACGCCAGCGGGCAGAACAAGCAGGACCUCCUCUACGUCAACCUGGAUACAGGCAAGGUGGAAGUGAUAACGGGAGUGGGAGAGGCCAGUCCGCCCCGCCUCAGCCACUGGGGCAGCCCGAACCGCCCGAUCAGCGCGUCCGGCCUGUUCGGCCAGUUCAUGGUGACGCCGGCCAGCGAGGCCAUCUUCGUGGUCAACGGAAGGUCGAGGACGGUCAAUUGCGAGAUCGGCAACGUGCACCACCCGAGCCAGGUGGUGUGGACCACCUUCAAGUACCACUAAAAGCGUCGCGGGGGACGGGGGGCGGCGCCGUCGGCGAGACAAUAAACCGGGGGUUCGAGACAAGCCGGGUCUCGUCGCCCCCUUUCGACGGCGUAUCUUAUUAUCACCACUUGUACAUAAUUAAACGGUUACCACACACAGAACAACAUGUCUAGUGAAUAUCGACGUUAAUUCUAAGGGUUAAACACUUUUUUUUACGGGCACGCGCCGUUUCGUUACCGCGCGGGCGGCUCUGGCCGUGGUCCGUCGCGCGCCACGGAACACGGAAACGUUUCCGCCCCGUUGACCUCGGCAUUCCGUGGUCCGUGGUUCCCGGAGCGUCUCCACAGAUAAAAGAUGUAAAUAGACUGGUUAACGCGACAAAAGAACAAAGAUAACAUGUCCAUAACAAAUAUCUGAUAUUAGUAUUCAUCAAUUGCUAAAAAGACAUACACAAAAAUAUACUUACGACGUUGUCCAAACGUUUUAACCACCUUAACAUCAUUUUGACCAAAACAAGUUUCACCGACGAUGCUUAAUAAAAUUUUCAUGGAUUCAGACCACCUCAAAAUAUCGUUAACACCAUCAUCAACACGACGCGCGACAGUUACAACUGUCAUUUUGCUGCGACGCCAGCGACAAGCGGUUGUCGUCAGAACCACAACCGUCCAUUUCUUCCCGUUAUCUGUGGGCGUCCCCCGCGCGAGCUUAGUGGCAUGAGCGUAUUUCUGUGACUUGUAUAAACAAAGCUAUAUAAAUAUUGCCGUUCGCGUUCGUCGUUGUUGUACCGGCAAAAGCCGGCAGCUGAUUUUAAGGAUCGCGUUUCCGGAUUAAGGAACCGCGCGAUCGAUCAACGCCGCCUCGGAUAAUCCCGCCUCGUGUCUCUAAUCGCGGGCCCCCGGCGGGAUUAUUUUUAUUGUAAAGACAAACUCGGGCGGCGCGUGUAAGUACUUUGUUCCCAUUGAAAUAUAAACUAAAAAUCGCA